AUGCUAGACUAUGUCAAGCGGGAGUUCCGGGACAACCCCAUGAUGAUCGUCAUCACUAUCUGCGGUAUCCUCCUCGUGAUCGCCGCUACUAUGGGAAUCUGUCUGUGGUGCUCCGAGAAUCUACUCUGUUGCAGACGUGAUCGCAACGCGCAAGACGACCUAGAGGCCCAGCGUCCUUCUACUCCCAUGGCGUCCACUCCCGCACGCGGAUCCGUCGGCGCCGGCCAGAGCAUCCGAUACGCUCCCCAAGGUAGCCCACAAUCCAUCUCGUCGACUUCCACUCGCGUAUCCGACUUCGACAAGGUGUCUAGCCCUACUAUCGCCGAGUCCCCCUACUCUCCCGACGACACGCGCGCGGAACGGAUCGUCCUCCCCGCGGCUCCGCCCUUGGCGCUCAAGUCCAUUCUCAAGCGCGACUCUACGACUGCAUACAGGGCGUACAAUAGGGACGCAGGGGAUCAGGUUUAG